AUGGAUGACUUGCCUUUGUAUCUUCUCGAUGAAAUUCUCUUCAGAUUGGAACUCAAAUCUUUGGCAAUUAUGCGAUGCACAAAUAAAUAUUUCCAAUCUUAUUUAUCCGACGACUCCGAUUUUGAAAUUGCAUAUUUUUCCAUGUUCAAAAUCAAACCUAGUUUGUUUCACCUAUACAACGAUGGCGCCAUAGCCGUCUUCUGUCAGCCUUUGGUUUCUUCAUGCGAUUCUAGGUCAUUCGGGAAAAUAGCUUAUUUAAAUUAUCGUUACCCAUGUUACAUAUUCGGCUCAUGCUCUGGCCUUCUCUUACUAUAUAUCAAUGGUCUCUUCGUAGCAAAUCCCGUCACAAAGACGUUUCAAAUCCUUAAUCACUCUGGAUCAAAUCUUAUACCUAUGAUAGUUGGUGGGAACGAUAUGAUAAAAAUGGACGAUGUCGCUCGCACAGAGAGAGCAAUGUGUGUUGGUUUUGCGGUAAAUCGAAACCGAACCACCAAAAGUUUCAAGAUUGUAUGCAUUCUUGAGAUGGAAACAGUGUACGGCUUCGAGAUUAGCGAUGGAUGUUCUUGGAGGUUAUCAGAAACAACCAUCACCGCUGGUUCAAAAAGUGUUCUCAUGAUGCGGAUGAAACAUGUUUACUUGGAUGACACUCUUUACUGGUUGAGAAACGACGGGAGCAUCAUAGCUUUCAAUCCCGAGACAGAGCAAGCACAACUGAUUUCUUCCAUAUUCCAUCUGGAAUCAGAUAUGAAGUUAUUAUUCGGGGCGGACGAUAAGAUCAAUCGCUUGACCUUAAUAUCAGGGACAAAAGAAAUGAUCUCAGUUUACAUACUGAUGGAGAAUUCCAAGUGGACCCUUUCCAGGCGGUUCAAACUCGUAUCUAUGAAAAACAAAAUGUUGUUAGCUGGGACUUGGUUGCGUACGACGGCAAGCGUCUUGUGGUGAGGGAGGUACCAAAAUCAAUUUAUAAAGAUGGUUUCCUUCAUGUUUAUGAUAUGGAAGCUAGCAGUUGGGGAGAUUUGGGGUACAACAACG